UUCAUGAGAGUCUAAACAGAAGGCAGAAAGAAAGCUAUAGUCAUUUUAACACUCUUGAUCUUAAAAUUGCGUAUUUAGAAGGAAUUGAUGAGGAACAAAGAAAAUCAAAAAUAGGAGCCGAACUAAUAGGAUUGGUCUUAUACACACUUAUAACUGUUAUCGUUAUAGUUUAUGCAUUAUUCUUCAAGGAAGAAACAUCUACAAUGUAUUUUAAAAUUAUUAUAUUGGAAACAAAUAUGGAAAGA